GAACUGAACCUUACCAUCGUCAGCCGUUGGAUCGGGAUCCAAUCGCGACCGACGUGGCUUUCUCCGGCCGCUCAAUCCAGUGAACCCGAGCUUGCCCUCUUCUCUUCUCGGUGGCGGGAGAGAGGAGUUCCAAGAACGAUCUUACUACGAGUGCGGUACGAUGUUCCUGCGGCGGCUCUUGACGGGUGGGAUGGGGGCGGUGGCGAAGGUGAAGGAGACGACGAGGAUUGUGGGGCUGGAGGUGGUGCCGAACGCCCGGGAGGUGCUGAUCUCGCUGUACGGGCGGACCCUGAAGGAGAUCGAGGCCGUGCCGGAGAACGAGGGCUACCGCAAGGCCGUCGAGAGCUUCACCCGCCACCGCCUCCAGGUCUGCCACGAGGAGGAGGACUGGGAGAUGAUCGAGAAGCGCAUCGGCUGCGGCCAGGUUGAGGAGCUAAUCGAGGAGGCCCAGGACGAGCUCAAGCUCAUCGCCAAGAUGAUCGAAUGGGAUCCCUGGGGUGUUCCAGAUGAUUAUGAAUGUGAAGUCAUUGAAGACGAUACUCCAAUUCCGAAACAUGUUCCUCAACACCGACCUGCUCCACUCCCAAAAGAGUUCUACAAGACGUUUGAGGCGGUUAUUUUGAAACUUGCUCCAAAGGAUGAACCUUUCACUCAAUCAAAGGCUUAAAAUUAUGCUUUUGUUUGGUUUCAGAACUGCUCAUAUUUGGAGCUGUUGUCAUGCCUCUUGAUCGCUAUUCUGGCUUCAUAUUAUGUUAGUCAUGAAUAACCUUGCUUUCUCUUAUGAGAAAAAUAAUGAUAGGAAAAUACCUGUUGCUAAUGUGUUUUCAACUCAUGGGAACUGUCAUUCCUAACAUUUCUAUGGUCUUGGGUUGAAAAUCUACUUAGGACUUUGGUGGG